AUGGCUCCAGCCAUCGGUAUCGAUCUAGGUACAACCUACUCAUGUGUCGGCAUCUACAGAGAUGACCGCAUUGAGAUCAUUGCCAAUGACCAGGGCAACCGCACAACUCCUUCCUUUGUCGCGUUCACAGACACUGAACGUCUCAUCGGUGACGCAGCCAAGAACCAAGUCGCCAUGAACCCUCACAACACAGUCUUCGACGCCAAGCGACUGAUCGGCCGGAAAUUCACUGAUGCUGAGGUUCAGUCCGAUCUCAAGCACUUCCCCUUCAAAGUCAUUGACAAAGGCGGCAAGCCUGUCAUUGAGGUGGAGUUCAAAGGCGAGAACAAGCAAUUCACACCUGAAGAGAUCUCCUCCAUGGUCCUGACCAAGAUGAGAGAGACUGCCGAGUCAUACCUUGGUGGCACCGUCAACAGCGCUGUCAUCACCGUCCCUGCAUACUUCAACGACUCGCAACGUCAAGCCACCAAGGAUGCCGGUCUGAUUGCCGGUCUCAAUGUCCUGCGUAUCAUCAACGAGCCCACAGCCGCUGCCAUUGCCUACGGUCUUGACAAGAAGGCCGAGGGCGAGCGCAACGUCCUCAUUUUCGAUCUUGGUGGUGGCACAUUCGAUGUCUCCCUCUUGACCAUCGAAGAGGGUAUCUUUGAAGUCAAGGCAACCGCCGGUGACACUCACUUGGGUGGUGAGGACUUCGACAACCGUCUAGUCAACCACUUCGUCCAAGAAUUCAAGCGAAAGCACAAGCGUGACUUGAGCUCCAACCCUCGGGCUUUGCGUCGUCUCCGGACUGCAUGCGAACGUGCCAAGCGCACUCUCUCUUCUUCGGCUCAGACCUCCAUUGAAAUCGACUCUCUAUACGAGGGCAUUGAUUUCUACACCUCCAUCACCCGUGCUCGAUUCGAAGAGCUUUGCCAGGACCUCUUCCGCUCCACCAUGGAGCCCGUCGAGCGUGUCCUCCGCGACUCCAAGAUCGACAAAUCCUCCGUCCACGAGAUCGUCUUGGUCGGUGGUUCCACCCGUAUCCCCAGAAUCCAGAAGCUGGUUUCCGACUUCUUCAACGGCAAGGAGCCCAACAAGUCGAUCAACCCUGAUGAGGCUGUCGCCUACGGUGCCGCAGUCCAAGCCGCCAUUCUGUCUGGUGACACCUCAUCCAAGUCCACCAACGACAUCUUGCUUCUCGAUGUUGCGCCAUUGUCUCUUGGUAUUGAGACUGCUGGUGGUGUCAUGACUCCUCUCAUCAAGCGUAACACCACCAUUCCCACGAAGAAGUCCGAGACCUUCUCCACCUUCUCCGACAACCAGCCCGGCGUGCUCAUUCAAGUCUACGAGGGUGAGCGUGCCCGUACCAAGGACAACAACCUGCUCGGCAAGUUCGAACUCUCUGGCAUUCCCCCGGCGCCACGUGGUGUUCCCCAGAUUGAGGUCACCUUCGAUCUUGAUGCCAACGGUAUCAUGAACGUCUCGGCUGUCGAGAAGGGUACUGGCAAGUCCAACAAGAUUGUCAUCAGCAACGACAAGGGCCGUCUUUCCAAGGAAGAUAUCGAGCGCAUGUUGUCGGAUGCCGAGAAGUACAAGGCCGAAGACGAGGCCGAGGCUGCUCGUAUCUCUGCCAAGAACGGUCUCGAAUCCUACGCCUACUCCCUCAAGAACACCCUGUCGGAUUCCAAGGUUGACGAGAAGCUUGAUGCUUCGGACAAGGAGAAGCUCAAGGCCGAGAUUGACAAGACCAUCUCUUGGCUCGACGAGAACCAGACCGCCACCAAGGAUGAGUAUGAAUCUCAACAGAAGGAACUCGAGGGUGUUGCCAGCCCCAUCAUGAUGAAGUUCUACGGUGCCGGCGGUGCUCCAGGUGGCGUGCCAGGUGGUGCUCCAGGUGGAUUCCCGGGCGCCGGUGCUGGCCCUGCUCCAGGUGGUGAUGAUGGCCCAACCGUUGAGGAGGUUGACUAA